UUCUUUACAGAUAAAAUGGAGGAUGCCCUUGGGGCACUAAGUCGGGAUGAGAAGGGUUUAAUGAGGAUACUUGAACUUCUUGGAGACACAUACAUUCCUAGCAUAGAGGCUGAAGAUUUUUUCUUCACUUUUGAUUGUGAAAGUCAGGAGGAUGAAGAUGGAGAUGAUGAUGUAUACAGUGAGGAAGAUGAAGAUGAGAAUAGAAGAAGAGAGAUGGGUGUCAAGCUGGCAUUACGACUAAUUGAUGCGGUGUUCACGGAUUUACAGCGUAGGUUGGUGAAGACGACAUCUAAACUUCGCCGGGGUGAAGCACAAGUCAGGAGAAAUAAAAGGAUUGAAGACGAACUAAUUGAGCUGAGAGCUAAGAAUAUCGAAUUAGAGAAGAGACUUGAACCUUGUAGAAGAGAAGAAACUGGUGCAGAGGGAAACCAGGAUAUCCUCUCCUGUUCAACUCUUGUGGAUCUUAUAAAUCAACCAGAGGAGUAUGCUCAAAAGGUAGAAAAGAAGGGAAGAGAAGAGAAGAUUGGACGAGUGGAAAGGAUUGGUCGAGUUGGGAAGGUCGGACGAAUUGAAGGGAUCGGGCGAGUUGAGCAGAUUGGACAAAUUGGAGAGGUUGGACGAAUCGGAGAGGUUGGACAAAUAGUAGAGAUCGGGCAAAUCGGACAAGUUGGCAAAAUACAAUGGGCUAAAGAUGAAAAUCAUGAAGAGCAAAGGAGGAAAAGGAAACGAGCAGAAGAUACCAAUUUAUUAAAGAAGCGGGGCAGACCAUCACAAAAGAUAGACCUAGGACCUGUAUCUAAAACUGAGCUGCUUGUUCCUGAAACUAUGCCGGUCAACCCUACCUCUGCAAUACCUGACUCAAGGAAUACGAAGAUACCUGAUACGCCGGAGAAAAGUUCUCUCACACUGUUCAGAGCACCCGGAGAAGGGGACCCAACCCUCACUACUCCGGAGAAAUCAAAACCUAACCUGAUAAAAACCAACCUCUGUUUGAUGAUGGAUACCAAGGAGAAGGAAGAGAAGGUUCAGUUAGCUCCAUCUUCUCCUAUUAUAUUCAGUGCUAAGAAUCUUCCUGUUAAGUUCAAACCAAAUGGAAAACCAUACAAAUUACACCGAGUCCACCAUGGUCAGAAAACGGCGGAGAAACGGAUGGUCGGAGAAGGAAAGCCGGGAGCGGAUGAGAACAAAGAGCUCUGCUCGGGAGAUAGAGUUGCAUCCAGACCUUCAGUUAGUGAUGCAUUCAGACCUACAUCUAGUGAUGCAUCCGGACCUACAUCUAGAGAUGCAUCCGGACCUACUGCUAGUGAACCAUCAAGACCUCAAGCAAGUAAAGCAUCGAGACCUAAACCUAGUGUUUUAUUUGGACCAAUGGACACUUGUGAACCAAUAACGUCGCAACAAAAAUAUCUAGACUUUGAACUGAAGAGAACAGUUGGAAUGAUUUCUCCUAAACAGCAAAAAGAAAUUGACAGGCAAACAUGGAAGCAGAUCAAUGAAGAUUUUGCACAAAACCAACUAAACAAGGGUUUAAAUUUAUCGCCUUCCAAGCUGAACGACAGUGAUUUUGAGAGUCCCAAUCUGUUGAAGAUAAGACCAGUUAGAGCCAGACCUGAUGUUGCGGAAUCUGAAGAAGACGAUAUCUCCGUAUUCUGCUCCCCUCCUGAACCCCUCCCAAAACCCAAACCUAAACCUGAGCGAAGAAUCUCUAAAGCCCAACCUAAGAUGAAGAAAUCUGAGAAUAGAUGGGGAAUUCAAGUCGAGGAAAUCACGGCAUCUCAGAAGAAACGCCUGAAAAAUCAAAAACAGUCAAAAAUUGACAUGUUUCUCGCAAAUGCGCAAACUAAAGCAAACGUCCGCCUUCGUGGAACAGAUUUAGAGAAAGCUCUUAAACUAUCUAAGGAAGAAUACGAACGUAAUCUGAUCAAGGGAAGUGAGACAGCUGAGAAUGAAAACAAUUCAAAGGAGCUCCUUGAAGACCCCAUUACAACGACUACAACAGAAGACCUUGCCGUGGAUGUUAAAGAUGGUCGAGAAAAUAAAGACCCUCAGUUAAACUUCGCCUAUGUAGGACCUUCCGUUAGGAAAAGGGAAGAUCGUGCCAAACUGAAAGGAUUUUCUUGUGCUGAAUGUGAAGAAUAUUAUAAUAUGAAACGUGACGAAGGAUUAUCGGAAGAGCAGAUUGCGAGCUUGAUGAAUGACUGUUCUAAGCACCGAGCCCUCUACCGUCCUCCUCUUACACCAGAGAAAUUCUGGGAUCCGGAGAUAAUAGAAGAUCCAGAAUCUCCCAGGAAUAAGACUCAGACUGGAGCUCCUCUAAGAACCAGAGCUGUGAGAAGAGCGGAGAAACGAAAUAAAUUACGGCGGGAGAAAGCACGAGAAGAAAAUGAUGAUUAUACCAUUUAAAUUGUUUUAUUUUAUUAAACGACAA